AUGCCCGACUCGAUGACUUUAGAAGAAGAAUCAGACCAUUUCUCCCCAUACCGAGCAGAUGGGAAGCUCUAUGGCUUUGUCUGUGUGGUCACAGGCGCAAACAUGCCCGUGGGACGUGCUAUUGUGACCGAGUUAGCUGCUCAUGGUGCCGCCUCCAUCUAUGCGUGCACAGCGAACGAAGAAUCUUCAGGCCUCCCUUCUCUUCUCUCCAAGCAGUACCCUAAUACCAAGAUCAUCGACUAUCCUUACAGCAUCUCCUCUGAACAAGACACCCUCACCCUCAUCGAUGAAGCCCUGAAUACUUAUGGCCGCCUUGACGUAUGGGUAUGUUCCUCGGGUCUCUUGGGUCCUCCCUCCAUCGACGCAACCACGCCGGCCGAUCUCCAAAGAUGCUUCGAAGCGAAUAGCCUGGCUCCAUUCUUCGCACUGAAAUACGCACCGCAUGCGAUGCAAAAGACAUCCCCUAAAGGGACGUAUCCCAAUGCCGCACCGAAGGAUCAGAGGUAUGGAAGCAUAAUUGUAGUGUCCAGCACUGCGAGCACUUACGGGGGUUGCUGGGGACCGUGUUUCACCAUGUCAAGUCACGCAGCCCUGGGCGUCGUGCGCUCCGGUGUCGCGGUGCUCAAGGGCACAGGUGUGCGGAUCAACGCCAUAUCCCCUGGGCAAAUCGACGUGGGUGUCUCUCUGAAUGGAUUCGACGAUAAGAAGAAUCUAAUGAGUUACAACACGCAACUACCUCCCGCAGCAUUGCAGAGCCCGCAGAUGCAGAAGCAGAACAUCGGCCUAGAGAGGGCGGGCUUGCCGGCGGAGGUUGGCCGAGUUGCAGGUUUCCUCGCCAGUGGGUUCAGCUCGUAUAUCACAGGAGCGAACAUGGUUGUGGACGGCGGCGCGAGUGUCAUGUGUCCUCUGAUGGUGCCAAUCUGA